CCUAGAAAAACACUCUUCAGGAUUGGCCUGGAAUAAACCGACCAAUCCGACAACUGCCUCUCAGCAACCUCCAACAACGAACCCAUACAACCUUCGAUCGCUUCAUAUUCCACGUUCUAUUCGACCGGGGGAGAGUUUUGAUGAAAGGCACUAUGUGCCAACUAGAGCCCAGAACCAAAUACAGCGCAUGAAGGAGCGGCAAGAGGAAUUCGGAUUACCUGCGCCAAUAACAUCAAAAACCGCUAUACAGAAAACUCGUCAAGACGCUGCGAAGAAGGCAAAUAGUCAUCGCAAGCGGCCAGCACCUUCAGGAAGGAAAUCUACUACGCGGUCUCCUUCCAAAACGCCAUCUGCAAAGCGAGUACGGUUCGAUAUAACGUCUUCGAGAGACGCUCCAGACAGUUCAGUGGAAACUACACCUCUCCGCGCACAAUCUAAUGCACCAAGGGAUGAGUCUAUUAUUGCAUCCCUGGAAGCAGAUACUAAUGAGGAAACCGAUGACAACGAAGAUAGCGUUAGUGAGGAUGAUGAUCUUCCCGUGGUAGUUCCAGGUAGACCUCCAGGUUGGAAUAUGGCCGAUUAUUUGAACGGUGAAUAUGAUGAAGAAGAGAAUCGCCUGCUGCGUGAUACGCCAUUAAGCGAGUCAACACCAUUCAAUUCACUGGAUAUCAAGAUAGCAGCGACAAACCUUUAUAACGCGAAGGAGGAUUUCAAAAAACUCAGCGCUAAACGACGUAUCAAGGUCGCCGAGCACGCUCUUCGUGAGGCCCGGGAGGAUAUUAGUAUUAUCAACACAUCUGAUAUCCAAGACGAAUUUAAUCAUGAAAUCGGCCAGCUCAUCAGUCAAACACUCCAUGAUAUGACUCAACGUUCAUUUGAUCUUGGUGUUGUAGAAGAUCAGUUCCAUGACCAGAUUGUCAAAUACACUGAUGACGAACCUUUUACAUUUGAAACUUGUACGGCAUUUGUAAAAUCAAUGUCUGGUCGUGGAAGACAAUUAAGCCAUCAAUUUGAUGAUUUUUCUAUUACCGAGACCCUCAAAGUUUUAGAUCUCAUUGAUAAUAAACGAGAGGCUCAUCCCGGUACAGCUUUAUGCGUUCUUUUUGAGAUCAAAGUGGCCUGCGAAGCACUUAUAUCAAAGAAAAAAAGGACAGCAAUAUCGACAGCUCAACAACCCCAGGAUCCAAUAUCUAUUCCAAGCUCGCCCCCUGUACUGCCGACACAAAUCCGUUCUACUCGUACCACUCAGUUAUUGGAAGAGGCUGCAAUCCGUGAAGCGAGACGAGACCGAAUAUUGACAGCUGGUGAUUUCCAACGUCAGUUGAUGCAGAAAUAUCAAUGCAACGAUAGAAACUGUACGAAUUAUAACAACUUUUGCUUCCCUGAUCCUAUGGACAAUACUCAGCACUAUAAUAUCCUCGCUACUCAGCAUGGGCUUUGGGCCAAUCGGAUAGCUUCAGGUGGUGCAACCAUCGAGAAUCCACCAGAUGAGUUAAAGCAGUAUUGGAUGAAAAAACAAGGUUCGAUAAACCGAGAUUCUCGACAACCUGUUAAAAAGAACAAUGCCCAGAUCAUGGAGCAAUUUAUGGAGAUGCAGACGAAGAUGUAUGAGCAACAAAUGCAGUAUAGAUUGAUGGAACAGAUGGAAGCAAUGCAGGAAAAACAGGAACAUCGUGACGAGGAGAAAGAGCGUCAUCAUUUACUGCGAGAACAGCGCGAUUUAUUAACACAAACACCUCAUCAAACGGCUUAUUUAUUGCCUCGAAGAUCAACAACAAGCCCUUCUUUGCUAUCAUUUAAAACUGAUAAAACUCCUGCACGAUUUGAGGCUAUUCCCGCUACACCAACACCACGCCCGAGGUCAUCUAGUUCGAUAGAUUCAAAUGAGGACGAAUAUGACACGCUUGCCAAAUUUUUCACCUGGAAAAUCAACUCAAUCAAGAAUCAAGAUAGGAAGAAGAAAUGGGAAGAUGCUCAAUCGACCAUAUUUGCAAAUGACUGGUCCAUACGAGAGUUGAGGCAAAUGGAAGACGAUAAAACCCCGGCAUAUCAACGUGCAAUAAAGGCAGGCAUCUCAGACGGUCUGGCGAGAGGCUUCAAGAGAGAGUUACGCCAGUAUAGGCAGUUCGUACGCCGUGUCCACGACGAACAUGCUGCAGCCAUGGCUCUAGGUGCGUUAGGAGGUGGAAAUUCGACUAUAUGA